AUGUCUCAGUUGAAUAUAAGCAGCGGAAAACGUGGCCGAGGAGUAGCAAGUACUUCUGCAGCAGCAGUUUCAGCAUCCAACAGCUCGACGGAUUUGGCGAGCUUGUUCGAGUGCCCAGUCUGCUUUGAAUAUGUUUUGCCUCCUAUUUUGCAGUGUCAGAGUGGUCACUUGGUUUGCAGUAAUUGCAGACCCAAAUUAACUUGCUGUCCUACUUGUCGAGGUCCAUUAGGUAAUAUUCGUAACCUUGCGAUGGAGAAAGUUGCGAGUAACGUCAUGUUUCCAUGCAAGUAUUCAACGAGCGGGUGCACAGUGUCGAUGGUACAUAUAGAGAAGCCGGACCACGAAGAUGCAUGCGAAUUCCGUCCUUACAGUUGUCCGUGUCCUGGUGCUUCAUGCAAGUGGCAAGGCUCAUUAGAGGAAGUCAUGCCUCAUCUUGUUAUG